AUGGCAGUCCCUGCACAACGAACACAGCAGAUUGUGCGCCAUUUCUCAGCCUCCAGCAUGAGCCGAUUCUCCGUCCAGCUCGCCCCAUGGCGCGCCGCCCUCGUCUCCCACCUGGAAGCCAUGGACUCUCCUACCUUUGUCCUCAGCUCGCUCCAUCGUGAACUUGGCGCCGAUACCACACCUUCGGCGCAAUGGACCACCGAUGCAGCAACCUUUUCGCCCAGAGCCCGUACCGUUGUCUAUCGCGGCAUGUGGGCAGCCCUCAGCUUGAAUCCGCGCAACCCUGCGCCACGAAACCCUAAUGUCUAUCAGACGGAUCUACUGACCAUCACUACGGAUGUGCGCAUGGAGAAGGUGUCUGAGAUGUUCCCCAAGCCUUCCACCACUUCCACUGGCGCAACGGAAAUAUUGCCAUCGUGCGCCGGAGGUCCCGUUGAGGGCGUUAUCUGGGCGGCGGAGGCUAAAACACAAUGGCGCAUUCGUGGCCGCGUGUACAUGGUUGGGCCGGAUAUCGAAUCAGACGCCGCACUGCCAGUACGACAGGCCUUGAGCGCGCACAUGCGUCGGCAACAGGCCGGCAAUACAAAGACAGAUGCCGAAGCAGAUGCCUGGGGAUGGGCCAAGGAGCUCACAGCACAUUUUGGAAAUCUGAGCCCCGUCAUGCGAGGAAGCUUCCGCAACCCACCGCCCGGCACACCCCUAUCGUCGGCACCGGGUCCUGGGCUUGGCCUCGGUCAAAAGGUGGAGGACCUGCACGACAAGAUUGCGCGGGAUAACUUCAGGGUGCUUGUAAUCAUCCCAGAGCAAGUAGACCAGGUCGAUCUGUCCGACCCAGAGCGCGGCCGGCGGUGGAGGCAUGACCUGACUACCAAGGACGACGAGGCGGCAUGGACAACAACGGAGCUCUGGCCGUAG